CUUCGCUCCCACCUGAGGAAGUCAAGUGUGUACUUACUAUUGUUGUACUUAAAGAGUUAACAUUGCUUUUAACGUCUAAUCGGUAGUAUCUGUGCAGUGUUGACUCUAAAACAAUAUAACGUAUUGUUCACUCUGCUCAGGUUCAUUGCCCAGUAUUCCUCUGGGAUAGCUAACUUAAGCAAAUGAAAGGUGGUGCUUGUGUUGAGGGUUUUUGUAACACACCAUGGCUCAGUGGCAGCCUGUAACAAAUCUGAGGUUUAAACUUGUCCAUCAUCCGCCUGUUGUUGUUUUUUUUCUCUGCCUGCUGAUCCUGGCUGGAGCCUUUAUUGGAAUUGGGAUAUACUCGAAACAACAUGACAUUAAGAACCCAGACAUCAGCUUGGACUGGAAUCAAAUACUGGGAUCAAUUGCAAGCCUGAGGUACUGCACAGAUGUAAACAAUACAGACCUGUUGGGUGGGAAACAAGAGGAUGAAUCCCCUCUGCUAUUAGAUCAUGGAGUUGGAACCUUCUCAAAUGCUUCCCAAGACACUAGAGGAGUUGUUCAUGUGUCCCUACUUGUACCUCUGGUGUGCACUGAAAAUGAUCCAAGUCACAACAGCAUUAGUGCUACAUUAUUGGGAAGCCAGUUAGGCCUAAAGGGUGUUGCUGGAAAGGAGUUAUUUAACAUAUCUUUGUUCUUGCACCUCCAAUCUCAAAUAUCAAGCACAGUCUCUAACUCUGCCUUUGAUCCAAAAUUGCCUACUGAGGCUGAAACGAAGCCUUCCAUGUCCUGCUUGAAAAUUUCAGCUCCAGCUCACCUUCUCCCGCUGAGAUCGGAACCUCCAGAAUGCCCUGCAAACUACAACCCAGAGAAGGAUAUUUCUCCUGUCAGAGUCUUUGCUACAGAAUCAUACAGGCAGGAUUCUGAUAAUGCAUCUCCAUGCCUCAUCUUAAAGUUUACACCUGACCCCAAACUGACUGUGCUACUUACUCAGGAAGAGAAAGCACUAGCUAGAUAUCAUCUGAUGCUGGUGAGCGUUGUGCUGUUGGCUGUCUGCAGCAUGAUGUGCCUUACUGGAACUCUUACCUGCUCCAGGCCUCGGCGUCACCUUGCCAACGAUCUUCAUUUCCAAAAGGUGACUGCUGGGGUCCUGAGCAUGUGACAUUCAUGUUGAAAAGUAAACAAAAGACCAUCAUUUUUUUUAAGUGUGUUUCCUAUAUAUUUAAAUUAAUAAGUUUAUUAAACACUUUCACUCUUUGAGGUGUAAUCAUUGCAUUAAAAUGUUGUUCCAACUUU